GUCGGCAUGUGAGCGGGAAUGGAACCCGGGCUGCCGAGUUGGUAGCGCGGCGCGCUGACGGCGACACCGCCGCUCGCAGCAGCGAACGCGGCGACCGGGAGGACACUGGCAGCAGCCAACGCACACGUGCGAGAGAGAACCUCCCCGAAGGCUGCUGACGCUCCUGGCUGUGCCCCCUCCACCGCCGCCCCCGUAAACGUCAGGCGCCGCCUCGGCCCCCGAGCGGCCGCACCGCGACGCUCGCGGCCGCGCGCUUGCGGGCGGCGACGUCCUGGAGAAGCACGCCGAGUCGUUCACGACGGCCGAGCGACCGUUCACACCGCGCGUGCUCAGGUCGGACGCGAGCGCCGCGCUGCUGGCCCGCACGCGUCACUACGCGCCGCCCCGACGCCGGGCUCGCCAGCCGCCUGCCGGGAAGACGUUCGUGGAGAGGGACGCGCAGACGGACCCCGACAGCGAGGAUAUGUACCAGACGGACGCCAAUCAUGCACGCUGGGUGCUGGAACAGGCAAGGUACACCGAGGGGCUAGAAGCCCCCGUGCGGGCACGGGACUGGUUCCAAGCCACAAGUCUUGCGCCGGGGUCCAAGCCAUCCGCAGCGGAGAGGGCACGUUUACAAGAAGAAGAGCUGAAAUACUUGCAGUUUAUUGGACAGGUCACCGAUGACAUCUUGGCAAUGGGAUUGUUCUCAAAUUCGGUCCUCGUGAGAGUGUUUGAGAGACACGUGGAGAAAAACAGACACCGUCUUGAAGAAACCAAGAUGCGCCACAUGCUGGAGGUGCUGAAGAGCGAUCUGGGGAUGGAGAAGUCUCGGGAGUGGGGCCACUCGCCGCCGCGGGACUGGAGGCCCGACGGAUCGGACGGUCCGCUCGCCCGCUCUCGCGAUUCGCUCCGCCGCGACGGCGGAGAUUUCGAUGACGGCGGCGAUUCACCUCCGCGCCCUCCGCAAGAGCGCCGCGCGAGAGACGGACAUGGCCAGCACGGCCAGCACGGCCAGCACGGCCAGCACGGCCGCUCGCGCCGACCCGUCGACUGCUGGAACGGCGCGGGCGCCGAGGCCUCGCCGGGCCACGCGCCCGGGAGCUCCGGCGACGGGAGAGGGGGGCGGCGCCGGCCUUCGCCGGCCGAUGUCCUGCACGGCCACGGGGACGCGUUGCUGGAAUUGUCUGGGAGGCACGGUGACCCGGACACGCGUGAACGGGAACUAGGAGAUUGCAAUAUUGAUGCUGCCCUGGAUGAUUCAUCGCCGCUUCUCCCAGACGAUGGACUGGAUGACCUCCUGGCAAAGUAUCGACAUCGGCGCGACUUGAAGUACGACCGUUUCGGCGGCUUCCAACGCGAGGACGAGCAAGCGAGCCCCCAGCGCACCGGCGCCUCCAGCCCAGCCGAAGACGCGGGGAAGUUUCCGGCAACGGGCGAGUCGAACCGCGAGCGAGGUGAUGGUGGCGUUCCAGAACCCGUGGGUGCCACGGAGAACAAAAUCGAGGAGCGAGGCUCUGGUUUAAGCCACCGGAGCCGCCAGCACACUGGCGCCUCCAGCCCGGCUGAAGACACGGCGACGCUUCCGGUGACGAACGAACGGGAGGAUGGUAACGAUCCAGAACCGGUCACCGGCACGGAGAACAAAGUAGAGGGGAGAGACGGCGCCGGCGAGAUUUGUCCCGAUGCUGCCGUUGAUGACGACGACGACUUCUUUGGCGGGGCGCAGACCGUCCACGCCGGCUCUAGGCUCAAGCUCGGCAGGACCAUGGUGACCCAGGACAUUGAGAAGUUGCAGAAGGUCAUAACGAGCGUGCUCCAUAUCGGCGAUGAGAAGACUAAUGGUCAGUGUUCUGCCGACGAAGAAGCGGGGUUGGGCGACGAGGAGGAGGGUGAUCCAGAGCGGGGAAGUAGCGACAAAGAAGAGGGAAUGUCUCCCGCGGGAAGCGAGAAGGACGAUGCAGAUGCACGAGAUGAAGGCGAGGGCAGUGACGAUUUUUGACGAGUAGAGAUCAACCCUACAACAAUAGCCCCUUGCAAUGAUGUUUCGUUUCUUCCAAAGGUUUAAACCUUAUGUCGCCGUUUUAUCGUUCACGAAAAAAAAAGUUAAAACUGAGGUUCACACUGCGUGCAGUUCCGUUGUGUUUUUCGCUAAUUCACAGAAUAAUUUUAAAGCUAAAAGAUUGUAUCCACUAUAUCCACGAAUAUACUGUUAACUUGACUGAUAUAUUGUGUGAUGCUUUACGAAUUGUAUAUUUUUAGAUGAACAGUAUUCAUGGAAUAAAAUUAAAACCUCUCGUGAAAGACA